AUGAGUUCCCGCGCCGCCCUUGCGUCCCCCAUUCCCGUCAACACUACCUACGACCGGCCUUCCUCCUCCGACCGUCGCAAGAACAUGCCUUCCGCUGUCGUGCCCCCACGCACCUCGUCCCAGCAGGUCCCGGGCAAUCCUGGCGGUGCCUCGACGUCCUCGAGAAAACAGCAGCAGUCUGCGGACCGGUCGGCAUCCCAGCGCUAUGGCGGUGCGGAUGUCAACGGACAGGCCGGUGCGAGCCAUGUAUAUCAAGAGGAUGGCAGCCGCAGUCGAAGGUCAGAAAAGCCGAGCAGUAGCCAGAGAGAGCCCGCACGGACAAACGCGCCGCCAGUCGCAAUGCCUAUCCGGACACAACACAGCGCAUCGUCCACCCCGCAAGGUCCCUCUCGGGAGGCGAGUGAGAUAUUAAACACAAUGCUGGUGUCACAACCCGAGGUCGACAUCGAGCGGGAACGUGAACGCGCCGCACUGUCGCACCGACACCCGUCAGAAGCUCUUGAUGAUGCCGUUGCCGCCGCCACAGCCGGUGAGCAGCAGGGUGAGGAGUCUCGGCGUGGUACCCGGAGCAGACACGACUACAGCAAGCGAGAAAAGCACACCAAGUUUGGCGAGUACAUUCUGGGCAACACUAUCGGUGAGGGCGAGUUUGGCAAGGUCAAGCUUGGUUGGAAACAGGAGGGCGGCGUGCAGGUCGCCAUCAAGCUCAUCAAAAAGGAUCAGCUUGGUAGUAACCCGUCUCGCAUGGCCAAGAUCAUGCGUGAGGUCCACAUCCUGAAGCAGCUGACGCACCCCAACAUCGUCCGGCUGCACAAGAUGGAAGAGUCUGAGAGGCAUUACGGCAUCGUCCUAGAGUAUGCUUCAGGUGGCGAGCUUUUCGACUACAUCCUCAACCAUCGCUACCUGAAGGACAACGCCGCCCGACGGCUCUUCGCCCAGCUUGUGUCCGGCGUUGGGUACCUGCACAAGAAGGGUAUCGUGCACCGAGACCUGAAGCUGGAGAACCUCCUGCUCGACCGCAACCGCAACAUCAUCAUCACCGACUUUGGUUUUGCAAACACAUUCGACCCUACGGAGGAGCUCUCCGAAGAGGAGGAGAACAACCUUAGCGACCGGGAAUUUGUCAAGCGCAUGGGCUUGAACCAGGUGAAGCCUAAUGGGUUGAGGAAGGGCGAUCUGAUGCAGACAAGCUGUGGCAGCCCCUGCUAUGCCGCUCCAGAGUUGGUCGUCAGCGACUCGCUGUACACCGGUCGCAAGGUUGAUGUAUGGAGCUGUGGUGUGAUAUUGUACGCCAUGCUGGCAGGCUAUUUGCCUUUCGACGACGACCCCGCGAACCCCGAAGGUGACAACAUUAAUCUGCUCUACAAGUAUAUCGUCAACACCCCUCUCACCUUUCCCGAGUAUGUAACACCUCAUGCACGCGACCUGUUGCGACGAAUACUAGUCCCGAACCCGCGAAAGCGCGCCGACCUUUUCGAAGUUGCCAGGCACAGCUGGCUGAGCGAGUACGCGCACGUCGUCGAGUUUAUCACCAGCAGCACGACCACACCAGGGGAGAUCCAGAACACGACCGUCGGAGAGGAGGACGACCGACCAAUGAUGGGCCGCAGUGCUUCUGUCAGGGAAGCGCACAGAAAGGCCGCGCCCGCGCCAGCCAUCGGCGGCCUGGCUAGCAAGCAGGGUACUGUCGAUCCCGAGGCCGAGGCUGCGGCGCAUGCCAAGCAGCAGAGGGACAACAAGAGGAGGACUGUGCAGGUGGAAUACGUCGCGCCCAAUACGCAGACACAACGUGGCGAGACCGCCAGCAGUGCCCAGGGUGGCAGCUCCAUGAAGACCAAGGCGCGCUCAAGUAGUCAAGGGCCCGUCGAGGUUCAGCCUGAGAAGCCGCUGCCCCGAGACCCGCCGGCAGGCCCGCAGUACCCCCCCGUCUCUUCGAGGAAACCGCCAAGCUCGCACAUGAACAACAACCAGAACGUGGCGCCAUCUAGGACGAGUCGGGAAUCUACACGAGCAGCUUCUGAUGGCUCCUGGAUGAGCUCUGGCAUGGGCGCUUCAGGACGUCCCAUGACUGGCGGGUCAGCCAAUUCAAUGGGUCUUGGAAGCGGGAGAUCUCAGUAUGGCCAGCCGUCCGCCCCUAUGGUUGCUGAUACUAACGUGCAUGGAAGAAUACAACAACCGCCCGGUCGCUCCAACCACGAACACUCUGGUCACGCGCAUACGCAGAGCACAGAUUUCGGCAGACUCUCCGCCAACACGCACAACAAACCUGGCAGCAACUCCGGAUACUCCGAUGCUGGCAGCGACACCAAGGGCCACAGGCGAUCCAACACGAUUGGUGAAAUCGGCGGCAAGAUCUUCGGUCGGAGCGGGUCGCUCUUCGGCAAUCGGAACCGCAAGAGCCAACAAAUUCGGCCCGAAGAGAAGAGGUAUCCUCCUGUCAGCAUGACAAAGCCCAUCGCCGACGAUGCUGUGGGACGUCCGUCCAUGGACUCGAAGCCCUCGCGGCGGUCGUUCUCGCUCGGCCUGGGAGGGAAGAAGAGGUCUGGGAGCAUGACAGGGUCGUCGACAUCUCUCGAUAAGCAGAGCAAGCGCUUCUCGUUGCUGCCCAACUCGUUCUCCCUGAAGGCCAUUGGGCUCGGAAAGGAUGACGGCUACGACCAGCGUGGUUCACAACCGAGCCUGGCGGCCCAGGAUCCGCCGCAGGUUGAUGAACAUGGACGGUAUUUCGAGCAACCCCACGCGCCGGAUGCUACCGACAUCGACGGCAUGUAUGCUCAACUACAACAUCCUCAGGGACCCGCCCCAACCUCGGCACCUGGCCAGGCUCAACAGUAUCAGCAGCAUCAGUACGGCCCAGCAAAUACGCAUCUGGACCAAAGGCAGCAAGAUGCUAGGCAGAACCAGGCGCAGGCUCGUAUGAUGCACCAGCAGCAGCAGGGCGCAGCCCCCAAUAGUGCCUCGGGUUCGUCUGCUGAGCACAUUCAACGGCCAACAAACCAAUCGGCCUACUCGCUCGACCAGUCCGACUCCAGGAGAACUCCUAGUAGGGGUGGCCGCGGUGUUCUAUCCAAGAAUAAGCGAUUCGUUGAUGCCUACGAUACGGACGAAUACUCGCAGACACAACGGCACGGUCCUGCGGGCAGUAGUGGAGCGGCUAGGAGGGUUAUGGACUUUUUCCGUAGGAGAGGGAAGGCAAGAGGUGGUGAGGACCGAUGA